AUGGCCAUCAUGCACAAUAUCCCUAUCUCAGCCAAUGCGCGGAAUCAAUUCCAGCAAUACCUCUCGCAAGUCCAUGCGUCAUGCUCAACCUCAACGAGCUCUUCUCACCCUGCAAGCACGGACCUGAACGCCCUUUUACAGCGCACCGCACAUCUCACAGCAAACGUCGACGAGCUUCACUCACAACUAUCUAACUCCUUGUCCAGCGGUAAUGAUGACCCUCAACUGUUCUGGACCACUCUCACGCUGCAAACCAACCUUCGAUCUCUCUCGGCACAGCUCCAGCAACAUAGGUCGGAGAGGAAAGCAGCUGAAGCAUUAGCGAAAACACUGCAGAACGUGGACAUUGUCGAGUCGCUGCUGCGCUUGAUCUCCCUUUCCGGAGCUCAAGAGAUGAGUGGUGGCAUGUUUACUGCUCCCAUCAAGCCACAGGUUUCAACUGCCACGCCAACAGCAAGCGCAACUGCAGCAAGCGCGCAAGAAAGAAGCUACGAAUACUGGAAGCAACAAACCCUAUCCGCACUCGAAGACGACGAUGAGGCUUCACCUUCCACCCUCGGCACCGAAGACGACGAAGAUGAUGCGGCAUCAGAAACAUCUUCCAUCCUAACCGAUCCAGAAACCCACCUCUUCAAACCCAAGUCCACAUCCCACCCCCUCGCAGGCCUCUCCAAAGAACAAGAGGAGGAGGAACUUGCACAAUACGAAAAAGCACCCAAAUCAUCCUCAUCCUCCACCACCUAUCCCCCUCCCCCUUCCACCGCCUCUGCCCCUUCCACCGCUGCCGCAGGAGGAGACACCACCAUCCUCCAAUCCGACCGAGCAACUCACGAAGCCCUCUCAUCAGAACUCCUCCGCAUGGCUUCCCUCCUGAAAUCCAACUCGCUCGCCUUCGCAGAUUCUCUCGAACGCGACCGUCUCCUACUCGAAAAAGCUGACACCGACCUCGGCCAAAACCUAAACCUAAUCACACGCACGCGUGGCCGCUUGGGUAUCUACUCUAAGAAAGCCAGAAGUAUGGGCUGGUUCACUCUGUCAGCAAUACUCGUCGUUAUCGUUAGUUGGAUGUUGAUGUUUCUACUUAUUCGCUUGACUUAG